CCUCCCCCCUCCCCCCCUGCAGUGAAGGACCUGAUCCACUGGCGGGACCCGAAGAAGUCGGGCGUGGUGUUCGGGCUGUCGCUGCUGCUGCUGCUGUCGCUGGCGGCCUUCAGCGUGAUCAGCGUGGCGUCCUACCUGCUGCUGGCGCUGCUCUGCGUCACCAUCACCUUCCGCAUCUACAAGUCCGUGGUCCAGGCCGUGCAGAAGUCCAACGAGGGACACCCCUUCAAGUCGCUGAUAGAUAAGGACGUCAGCAUCCCUCCAGAGACCUUCCGUAAGAACGUGGACGCCAGUCUGACCUACAUCAACCGAGCCCUGAAGCAGAUGAGCCGCCUCUUCCUGGUGGAGGACCUGGUGGACUCCCUGAAGCUGGCUGUGGUCAUGUGGCUGCUGACCUAUGUGGGAGCCGUCUUCAACGGAAUCACCAUCCUCAUCCUGGCUGACAUCCUGCUGUUCGCCGUGCCGCCCAUCUAUGAGAAGAACAAGACUCAGAUCGACCAGUACAUCGACCUGGCACGCACCCAAGUCAACACCACCAUCGCCAAGUUACCAGAGAAACUUCCUGGAGCUGUGAAACGCAGCAAAACGGAGUGAUGGCCGUCCCCUUCAACACCUUCACAACACCACCAUCCUCAUCACCAUCGUAACCCCUCCCCCUCCUCCCCGUUAAGCCCCGCCCCCAGCCUAACUGGCCCCUCCCCCUCCCUGACCACCUCACUACACUGACCUGCUACGUAGAGAAUCUCAGCUUCUCCAUGUUCAAUGUACAAACUACUGCAGCUUAACUCGCGUUAGACAGGAAGAGUCCCAGCAGGCGGCGACGGCGAGGGGGGGGGGGGGACCGGACCGAGCCGGGGGGGGGGACGGGACCGGACCGGACCAGACCAGUGAGCCGGGGGGGGGGGGGACGGGACGGCUGUCUGUCUGUCUCUCAUAUUAAAGCAAAAGUCUGUACUCUCAAACCCGCCGUUCCCCUGAAGGAGGACGGCUCUCCGGGACCGGAACCAGACCUGGACCCGGAGACGCCGUCCUCUGCCACCGCGCUGGGUUCUCCUGGGUCCGGUCCCCUCCUCCCCCCUGAGGACGGCGUGUCUGCAGCUCCGGUUGGGUCUAGUUCUCCGGAUCACCUGCUUUUUUUGACCAGUUUUCUGGACGUGUAAAUACUCCGGUCCCCGCUGGACGCCUCGGCCCGGCCCCCGGCCUCCGGUCCCCGCUGGACGCCUCGGCCCAGCCCCCGGCCUCCGGUCCCCGCUGGACGCCUCGGCCCGGCCUCCGGUCCCCGGGGGGGUUCUUCUUCUCUGGACGUUCCCGGUGGCGGGCCGAGGCGGGUGGAGGCUGAAGCAUGUCCCGUGUCUGUCCCCCGUCCCCCACGCUGUCCCGUCCUCGGGUCUCUCGUGGUUCUCGCUCGCUCGUCUCCACCUCCUUGGGGUUCAGGCGGCAGUGAAACCGUCGCGCCCUCGGCCCCCGGCCCGGGACCGGGCGGCGCUCGCCCCCUGCAUGCUAGCUGUGUGACGCUAGCUCUCCUGCGCUACACUGGAAAACGCUAAACCGUCGUUUUGAAGCAGCUGAGAGAUUAAAAAGUGAGAAAAACUUUAAAUAUCAGCAGCGAGUCCCGCCUGAAGGCUAGCUGCUGAGUUAGCGGCUAGCAUGUUUCACGGAGUUGCUCCACCUCUGAAUCUAUUGUAAUCUGCUGUAGAUGCUAAUGCUAAAUGCUAACAGCGCUCAGUAUAUCCAUUUCAUCCCGGGAGCAGGGGAUUGUGGGUGAGCGGAGCAGGCUCUGACUGGAAGAUGGAGCGAUGCUAACGCUGCUAGCCUCUAGAGCGUUGUGGAUUUGCAGGGUAGCGGCGGGUUCACGGCGGCGGCGGCGGCGCCACGUUUCCACGUUAUUUAUUUGCAUGUGAAGAAGGAGCGGCGGCACAGGGUCUCCGGCGUUCGGCGGCGGCUCCGGCGGUGCUGCUCACGGCGGCGGCGGCCUUUCACCACCGCUUCUCCUAAAUGAACUGUUGUGACCAGAAGUCGGUUUGCGUUUGGAUGGAAUGUGUAGAAAUCAGCCGGGAGUGAAAAUCUGAUUUUAUCUGAAGCUGUAGAGAAGCUGACAGUCUUGUCUCGUUUUUUUUUUUUUUGUUGUUUUGUUUUCUCACCUUGGCUGCUCCGAUCCUGAACCUCCGGCUCACACUCUGGGUUGUGUGUGUGUGUGUGUGAUUGCGUGCACGUGCCGGAGCCGCUGCGGGUCUUUUCCCCGAGCUGACCUUUGACCCUGGAGCUCUUUAGUGUAAUAUACGGUAGGAUGUGGCUUCUCCUCUGUGUGGGAGUGAGUGUGUGUGUGUGUGUGUGAGAGAGAGAGUGUGUGUUGGAUCUGUUUUCUUUUGGACUCUGGUCUCGUUCACUAACAUCAGCUGUUUUUUGUAUUUAGCUUCCACUUGUUCUUUUUUUUUUUUUUGUUCCUCUUUUUGAAGCUUUGGGAAAGAUGUUGCAGGAAGUUAAAAAAAAGAAAAAGAAAACUGAGAAAAAAAACCGUCUGUGGUCUCUGUACUGAUGUCAAAGUGAAAUUAAUAAAAACACCUGAAAGGUC